CAGUGAGCAGUAGUUUGAGCUAUCAGACAGACAGAGACAGACAGACAGACAGACAGACAGUGGAUAUGGUUCCUUCUCCGUCAUGCAAAGAUACUUCAAUCAAUGAAGAAUGUAACAAACCCACCUCCUCUGAUCAUGGAAGUACAGAGUUAGUAGCUGGAGAUAGUGUCUCUCUAUCAUGUGAUGGGGCUCAGAGUGAGUGUUCCUGUAUUACCUGGCUGUUCAAUUACAACAAUGGAGCGUCUGUAGAAUUGGUUGUAGAUGGGAAGGUUAAGCCUGGAGACAAGAAAGAAAGACUACAUAUUACAAAGGAGUGUUCUCUGGAGGUAAAGAAGUUUAGUAAGGAAGAUGAAGGUGUUUACACCUGCAGAGGGUUCCCAUCAUCAGAAGGACACGUUGAUCAUACACGGCAUGAAGUAAAACUAAUGACAUCAAGCACAAACAGACCAACCACAACCACAGUGAAAGUGCCUUUGCCACAUGGAGUAGCAAACACAACUUGCACAAGCACAUCCAAACCAACGACUAUACCAGUGAAAGGAGCAGCCAGCAGCAGCCCAGCAGCAAGGCCCUCAACAUCAACACCAACCACACACACACUGAACGGAGCCGCCCGCAGCAGCCCAACAUCAAGGCCCCCAACAACACCAACACCACGUACACCCAACGGUGGAUCUCACCUGGAGUUCUAUUUAGGAGUCGGGGUAGCGCUGGGUACCGCGGUCCUGUUGAUCGUGGGCCUGGUUCUCCUCAUUCGCUGGCUCAGAAGGAGAGGAAACAAGAGGCCAAAGGACACCACAACCAUUGGUCUGACCUCUAUCAGGGACACCCCACCAGUCAUAGGAGGCCUUCAUGACCAGCAUCUCAGCGUGGACGGAGAUCAGGGCGGAGGUCCAACAUACGCCUCUAUUGUCCUGCCUGAGGGACAGAGGAGCGUGGCUACAGCCCAGGUUGAGGACGAUUCCAGCGAUGCAGUGACCUACGCCUCAGUGAGGGCCUCUCCCAGAUGUGGAGAGAAGGCUGUUGAUGUGGACGUACACUACGCCACCGUCAACAAACGGGGAAAAUGACAAAACAUCUGUAGAUGAGUACUUGAUAAAACAGAGCCAACAGCAACCGGCAGUAGCAAUUAAGGUUGUAUUCAAGUUUAGUAUAUUAAUAGUAAUCUUCAGAAAAUAAAUUGGAUCAAUAAUUGCUGAAUGAAUUGCUGAAUUUUCGUUUGAGAGAAGAUAAGAGGGAAAUGUAAACUGGAAAACCUACAAUUCCUGAAGAAAUUGUACUUACAUUCCAUUACAUGCUUAUGUGUGUCUAUAUUUGUGUGUUUAUCUAUGUGUACAUUAUGUUCCCGUAUGUGUACGUAUGUAUGUGAAAGUAUGAACUAGUUCAAUGCUACCAGCAGUUUAUCUCCGACCACUUUGUGAGCUCAGCUUGUCUCUGUUGUUAACACAGAUGUCCCGUUGAAGGUUGUGUGCGAUGUGUGCAUUGGAAAAUUCAAAAGUUUAAUAUCCUAAAAAGUAUUGCCUAAUUAGCUCAUCGUGUUUAUCAUUUUGAUGUACAAUAUGUGUAUUUUGUGUAAAUAUUGAGGGAGUAGAUGCAGUUUAUACACAUUACUUGGUUUCCAUUUUUUGCUUAGAAAAUUCUUAGCACACUAUUCCACUAUACUUCCUAUUUUUUUGUCUUUCUAUGUCAUUGUUUGUGCGAACAGAUAGAGACCGGUGUAACACCGGAAAGGGAAGAAGAAGGAGUGUGAGAAAGAACAGUACUUGCCUUGCUUGCGGGUUUGCCAGUAAUAAGAAGUAGGCCUAUGCAAGGGAAUUACUUGCCCUGCUCGCAGCAGUGCAACUAAUUACCAUGAAGUAGGCCUACCGGUUAUUACCAAUCACCAAAGUUAAUUAAGGUGAAUUAUAAUUUACUUGAAUUUCUCGACUGGAAUCAAUACAGUAGUAUCGCUUGUCUAAUACAAAUGCUUGUAUUUAGAUGGCCUUUAGAGGGCGCCAUAGACUAAACUGAUGGGGACUUGUAAAAAGUAGCUCUAUAAAUGUUCUUAUUAAACACCGACAGCGAGACCUAAUCGAAAGGACAUAAAGCGUUACAUUCACCGUGUUAAGUGUGGUUAAGUGAUGGAUGUGGAUCAAAGAUUAGUUUAGCUCAAAGAUUUAGUUAACACGUAUUGCUUGAAUAGGCAUGACACCUUAUGUUUUGGCAUUAUGUUAAUAGUAUUGAGUGUAAUUUGGUGAGCUUUAUACUAAAGAUGUCUGCAACAAAA